AUGUCUGCCGAAGGCGCCUCUGCAUCGCCCAUCCCCAUUGAGGAUCUCACUAAGAUCACCACCGAGGCCUGUCAAAAUGCCCUCGAGAACAGCCAGGGCUACGAGCACGACAAUGUCGGAGCCUGGAACUCCCAGAUUAUCAACACCGUCCUCAAGGCCCUGAUCACCGCUACCGCACCCACCGAAGCCUCCAAGCCCCCUCCCUACCGCUUCACCGUCAACAGCACAAUCGUUCAGCAGGGUGUAAUUGACCCGUCCGUCGCUGCCAAUGGCACACUCAGCAAUGCUGGUAAGCGUGGUAUGCACUCCGCCUCUGGGGCGUUCUGGGACGUCAACCGCGACGGCAUGUGGACUUUCAAGUACCCCGGUGCUGAAGAGCGCGGGAUGGAUGUUGUUGUCUGUGUGACGUGGUUUGCCGUCGUAUAA